AUGACAAUGUACACGAAUGGUGACCAACAAAUGAUAAUCUUCGAGGAUGACACUCGAGAUCAGACGAUGUUAUUAGAAGUGACGAAUCCAGUUUUGAAAAAGAUGAAGUUCGGUUGGCAGACGACUUUUGGGUUCUUUUUCAAAGUUCAACCACCAACAGGAACUAUGGAACCUGGAGAGACUAAAAAUUUCGAAAUUCAAUUUCAAGGCGGUCAGCUCCUUAAUACAGACAUUAUGGAUUCAGAUCAUUCAAUCAAAAUGUGGUUAACUCCGGCUGAAACCAGAAAACGUGGAUUAGAAAACACAACACUCGAAGUACCAGUGGUUUUUGCGGUUCAUGUACAACCAAAACGCGUUAUGGAAUAUUAG